UAACAAGAAUAACAUAUGUAUGUAUGUUUGUACAUAUUUAAAUAACGUUAUUUGAAAAAUAUCUGAGUGUGUAAUAAAUAAUUAUGUUUCAUUAAACUAAUGUCAAAAUAAUGCAAUACCAUCAUAAAAAAAACACUUCCUCUAGCUAGCAUUAUAAAAAAAAAUAAUGCAUGUCUCACAUCAUAAAAUUGAAGCAGUUUUAACCGGAAGACCCAUUAAAAUUGAAGAAAAAAAUUUGUUUGUUUUGGGUGUUAUGAAGCGCACAAAGUCACCAAAAUAAAUAUUGUUAAAACUACGGCAUAUUGUUCUUAACAUUUUUUGGCCACCUGAAGAAAAUACGUGCGUUAUUUGAUCUUGUACGUUCCAAAAUGUUUCUUUUAAAAGAAGACGUUUUUUUGUUUUGGGUUUGGUCUGCAUCAAUAUUCUUUCCAAAGGCUUAUAGUGCAACAGGAUUACAAGGUGUACCCACUUGGAUUUGUCUUGGACUGAAGUCACCAUUUAUAGAGUUUGGAAGUCACGAGGAACAGCUGGCUAACACAAGUAUACCCUUAAACAUAACUAAAGACGAACAAGCCUACAUGCAUCAAGAGGGCUUACGGAAGCUAGGAACAUUCAUUAAGCCUGUUGAUCUACGAGACUCUGAAACGGGUUUUGUAAAACCAGAUCAUACCAAAAGACUUACAUUUAAUCCACCUAAUCUGCAAUCUCCUCACAUUCACCCAAUCCAGGAAGAAAUGGAUCAGAAAAAUAUUAUACUUCUCGAUGACGAUACAGACGAAAAUGGACUACCUGCAAGUUUAACUGAUGAAGAUCGAAAGUUUAUAGUACCAAUGGCCUUAAAAAAUAUAUCACCUGAUUCCCAAUGGGGUACCAGUACUUCGUCUACGGUUCGACUCCCAAAUACAAAAUUGGUUGCAAAUUUUUCUGUUAGACAAAAUAAUAGUCCGUCAGUACACAUCGGGUCACCGUUACCUCAAGAAAGUGACCCUACAUCCAAUAUUGAUGAUUUAAAGAAACAUAUUCUUUUUUUGCAUAACAUGACAAAGACAAACACAAACUUUGAAUCUAAGUUCGUUAAGUUUCCUAGCUUGCAAAAAGAUAAACCCAUGCAAAUUGGCGGAAGUUCUGCCAUAAACAGUAAACGCCCUCAGAGGCCUAUUUUUCAGUAUGCAGCACCCAUUGCACACCCAACUCGUAAAAUGCCGCAAGACCAUGCAAACAGUCAUGGCCGCGAACAAGUCGAUGGGAACUUUAAUAAUGAUGAGAACUUAUAUAAUGUCUCAUAUAUUUCAAAACCUAUCAAUAAUUCUAAUUCUGUAAUGCCUCUAAAUAAAGCUACAUUGUCAAUAAAUCCUAAAAUGAGUUUAUUGAAUGAAACUGAGUCUUCAACAAAGCAGAGAGCCAAUCCUCUUAUUAAAAGUACUACUGAUGUGGAAACACAUUUACGAACGACUAAAAGACCUGCCUGCCUUCGAAAUCCAGAUUCCACCAAAUGUUUACGACAACUACGAAAGGAGGAACAACAGCGACAAAGAGAUCGUGAUGAAUGGUUCCGAGGUCAAGCUGAAUAUAUACAACCCCGGUUUCAGCCAAUUAUUCAAACCAUCAAUAAUACCAAACGUUUCGCGGUAUCUAUCGAAAUACCAGACUCCUUUAAAAUACAAUCUGAGAGUGAGUUUCUUUCACGAGCUCAACGUUCACCGCGCAGCAGUCGGAAGCGUAUGUCUGAUGAAAUUUCUAAAGAAAAAUUUGAAAAUCUUCCUCAUAAAACAGAUCAAUUCAACAAAGACAUUGUGAUGACAUCUGCGGAAAUAGCUAGUGACCGAGAAUUUUUUAUAGCUAAUAUAGAGAAAUUGGAGUCGCCUAGAGAAAAUCAGACCAAUAAUAAUUCAACGGAUAUUCCUAAGGUUUAUUUUGAACCAAUUGAUUUGAAUCCAAAAAAUUGUUAUAAAGUAAGUGGCUUAACGUCGAAUCAAAGAAAACAAUGCAUAAAAAAUACGAGUGUGAUGCCAGCCAUAAGCCGUGGAGCACGUGCAGCGAUUCAAGAAUGUAAAUUUCAAUUUAAAAAUCGACGAUGGAACUGUAGUACUUCUGGAGAUGAAACGGUAUUUGGUCCUGUAACAAGCUUAGCGGCACCUGAAAUGGCUUUUAUUCAUGCUCUGGCGGCUGCAACUGUAACUAGCUUUAUAGCCCGAGCAUGUAGAGAUGGUCAGUUAGCUUCCUGUGGUUGUUCUCGAGGCUCUCGACCCAAACAGCUUCACGAUGAUUGGACUUGGGGUGGAUGUGGCGACAAUUUAGAGUAUGCUUACAAGUUUGCCACAGAUUUUAUUGAUGUUCGGGAAAAAGAAGCUAAUAGAGAUGUGAAGAGUAUUACUCGGAAACAAGCUCGCGAUGCGUCAAAUGGAUCUUUAAAGUCAGGAAAAAAAAAAAACAGAGAAUUCCAGACAACAAAAAAAAACUCAACAGAAUUUUUAACUGAUGAAAAUAAAAUGUCGAUGUUAAAAACGAAUAAUGGACAAAUUUAUAUGACCAAUAAAAAAUUAACACCGAAUUUAACAGAAAUACAAAAAGAACACAACUCUGACACUAGUUCAAAAAAAUAUUUAUUAGAGCUUCAGCAGCGUAUUUCUAAAGAAAUUCUUAACUCAAAGAUGAAAGGAGAGGAACUGAUUGAAUUGCAGGACCAAAUAAAUCAUAAAAUUAUAAAUUGGAAGUUUCUUAAUGGACAAGGCAGUAAUACCCAACAACGAAAAGGAAAACGAAAAAACCAACGAGCAGUACAAGAGAUAGGAAAAUAUGUACCAAGUGGCUUUAAUGCCAAAGUCAAUUAUGAGAUUGAAACUAUUUAUCGUAGUCAACAGCCUUCUGCAAAGGCAAAGAGCUUAAUGAAUUUACAUAAUAAUGAAGCUGGCCGACGAGCUGUAAUUAAGAAAACUCGUAUAACCUGUAAAUGUCAUGGAGUUUCGGGAUCGUGCAGUUUAAUUACCUGCUGGCAACAAUUGUCGUCUAUAAGAGAGAUCGGUGAUUAUUUACGUGUAAAAUAUGAAGAAGCUACUAAAGUCAAAUUGAAUAAACGUGGACGUCUUCAGGUUAAAGAUUCGAGGUAUAGAAUACCAACAGCUCAUGAUCUUAUAUAUUUAGAUGAAAGUCCAGACUGGUGUCGUACUAGUUAUCUGUUACAAUGGCCAGGUACACAUGGCAGAGUUUGUCGAAAGAACUCAUCGGGAUUAGAAAGCUGCGCUAUUCUUUGCUGUGGUCGAGGCUAUAACACAAAAAAUAUUAUAGUUAAUGAGCGCUGUAAUUGCAAAUUCCAUUGGUGUUGCCAUGUUAAAUGUGAAGUUUGUACAAAGGUACUCGAAGAGCACACAUGUAAAUAAAAUAAUCUUAGCUAUUAAGAGUAGUUCAUAUAAGAACAAACUAUAAAUUUAAAUCGUAGAAUAAUUUUUUAAAUUAUUUUUUAUUUAUUUUUAUUGAAUUAAAUGGACUGUAGAUCAAAAUAAUAAAAAAGAAUAACUAGCUUCACCUAAAAUUUAUUUUGAGAAUCUUCGCCAUCCUAAUGAAAAUUAGAUAGUAGGCUUAAGUUAUCCAAUGUAACUACUGUUCAAUAGCAUUAAUUUUAUAAUAAUACGUAUAUGAAUACGAAUGAAAAUUGAUUUUAAAAUAUAAGUAUAGUUAAAUUUAAACUAAAUAAUAAGAGUAUUAGUUUAGAGUAUAGUAUAUACAUAGUUAUUAGUAUAUACAUAGGUGGUAGCAAUCGGCGCAUAUUUUUCAUAACAAAACUUUGUAAGACUUUUUCCAUUCAAUCAGAAUAUUUUUAUCUGUCAUAUGAGUAAAUAUAAUCAUAAUUGUUUCAUAAAUGCGAUAAGCUGUUUGACGGUUUAUGUGAAGCAAGGGAGUUUAAAAAUUAUAAUUUUAAGUUCCAGCUUUCAAAAUCUUUUUAUAAAUUUUAUGAAUAAUAAAUCUAAUUUUAGUCAAGAAA